AUGAGUUUGAAAGAUCUAAAGAUAACAAAAAAGCAAUUCAUGAUUAUCUUAUUAUUAGCAAGCUGUUGUCUUGCUCAAACAGGAAUACUUCAAGAUAAGUCAGGUCUCUUAAUGAUGUCAAAUCUUGGACCUAAUGAGUUAAAUGAAACUACAUUUCCUAAAGUAGAGAUUUCAAUAGUUGAUCCUGACUUGCAAAGCACACAAUACAGCACAGUGAUCAACCAAACAAGUAGGAAUCUCCAGACUGUCUCCUUGAAUACGUCAACAGUAAUCGCAGGCACUGCUUUCAAGAUAAGUGUCACAGACAUUCCUGGAUACACCUACUUUGUAGAUUUUAGGAAUAGUUGCUCACCAACUGGUAAUUAUCAAUGAGUCGCUACUACUGGAAGGGAGCACGUGAUCGACAGUGAAUUAAGUGCUGAAAUGAGCUAUUCUCCAGGAGUCUAUUCAUACAUUUAUACAGCAACAAGACCUGGGGAUAUCACUAUCAAUGUGAUCAGGUAUAAAAAUGGAGGAAUUUUUUACGAAUAUUAUUCAAAUCAGUAUGGAACAGGCACUCGUGCUCAUACUAGUUAUGAAAGCAACAUUAAUGUAGAUUUUGGUAUUGGACCUAUAUUCGGAAGUGUAUAUAAUUAUGCAUAUAUAAAAAUGUAUUUUAGAUUUCUUGCUCCAGUAACAGGAAUAUACACUUUUAGGGUAGAUGUUGAUGAUGAUUUUACAUUCUAUCUGGAUGGAAAUAUGAUAAUUAGUAAGACUUGAUGAGGAAUAGCAACUGGAACUGCUAGCCUUACAGGUACGGCUGUAUUUAAUUUGAUUUAGCUGGACAGUUUUAUGAAGGCCAGGCCUUUUACAAAGAGGUAGAUGUAUACGCUCUAAUUAGAUUGGAAUGGAGUUAUCCUAGCCAGUCCUUUCAGAUUAUACCAUCAUCAGCUUUCUAUUAUCCUGCAUACAUUAGUUCUCCUAAUCAGAUAACAGUUGUAUGACCAGAUGGGUAUUCAAAAAUGACUAUCUCAUCCAGACCAGCCUGAGUAACUGUUUGUGGGGAUGGUAAAAGAGCAGGUUCAGAAGAAUGUGAUGAUUCUAAUAAAAGAAGUGGAGAUGGGUGUAGUGCCUCCUGUACUAUAGAAUCAUCAUGGUACUGCACUGGAGGGACAACUUCUUCAGCUGAUACUUGUACUUUUUGUUAUCCAGGGUAUUACCCUUCACCAGCUUCUAAUCCAACAACAUGAGUUUCUCAAUGUGGAGACAAAAUGCAAGUUGGCUCUGAAAAGUGUGAUGAUGGUAAUAACAACAACUAUGAUGGUUGUAAGUCAGAUUGAUCUAGUGUAGAGACUGGAUGGGUCUGCUCCAACUCUACAUUUGCAAGUGGAGAUGUAUGAACUCAGUGUGGAAAUGGAUAUGUUCAAAACGAUUCUACAUAUCCAACUCAAUGUGUUACUUCAUGUGGAGACAGCAAAAGAGCAGGCUCAGAAAUUUGAGAUAAUGGAAGCACAGCUGGAACUGGAGGGUGUAGUUCUGAUUGAACUUCAAUUACUAGUGGAUGGGUAUGUUCUGGUGGUACUCCCACCUCUGCUGAUACAUGCACUCAAUGUAGUGCUGGGACUUAUCCAAACUCAGCUAAGACUGCUUGUGUGACAAUUUGAGGAGAUGGUUUCAAAGCUGGAACAGAGAAAUGAGACGAUGGAAACACCAAUAAUGGUGAUGGUUGAUCUUCAGCUUGACAAGUAGAAUCAAGCUGGGUAUGCUCUGGAGGAUCAACUACAGCCAAAGAUGAAUGCACCUUCUGAGCUACAGGCUGGUACCAGAAUAAUGCAGCCACUCCAACUACAUGAGUAACUCAAUGAGGUGAUGGCAUUCAAGCAGGAACAGAGAAGUGAGACGAUGGCAAUACUAAUGACUCUGAUGGAUGCAAAGGAGAUUGAUCAACAGUUGAGACUAGUUGGGUCUGUCUGUAUAACGCAGGACUUUCAAAGGAUGUUUGUACAGAAUGUUCAUCUGGAUGGCAUCAGAAUGAUGCUUCUAAUCCUGAAUAUUGUGUCACCAGAUGUGGAGAUGGUCUUGAAGCGGGAACAGAGAAAUGAGAUGAUUAUAAUACAAACGACUCUGAUGGGUGCAAGUCUGAUUGUUCAAGUGUAGAGCCCGGCUGGGUAUGAGCUGGGGGCUCUACUACAACUAAAGAUAUCUGCCAACAAUGCCAACCAGGAUUUUAUCAGAAUGACGCUACCAAUCCUGAAACUUGUGUAACAAGGUGAGGAGAUGGGCUCGAAGCUGGAACUGAGAAAUGUGAUGAUGGUAACACUCAGAAUGGAGAUGGUUGAUCAUCAGACUGAUCUCAAGUUGAGGCCAAUUGGGUUUGUAUUGGUGGGUCUCCAACAUCAAGAGACACUUGAUCUAACUGUUCAGCAGGUUAUUACCAAAACAGCUCUCUAAACUCUGAAUAUUGUGUUGCUCUUUGAGGAGAUGGAGCUAGAAUUGGAGAUGAAAAAUGUGAUGAUGGCAAUACUCAGAGUGGAGAUGGCUGUUCUUCAUCAUGUACCAUAGAGCAUGGUUAUAAAUGAUACAAUGGAUCUCAAACAUCUAAAGAUAUAUGCCAUAAUUGUCCUCUUAGUUACAUUCCAAAUAAAAGCGAAAGUGAUUGAAUUCCAAGAAAGAUCUCUGACAAUAUAAACUUCUUUGGUUUUGCAUAUUUAAUGGUGACAGGUAUUGGUAUUAUUGCAAAUAUAUCUUCCCUGGGUCUUUGAAAAACUCCAUCACACAAUAUUCUCGGAAUUGUAUAUUACACACAGAUUCUAAUGCUUUUGCCUUUGAUGAACAUUGAUAUCGGAGAAGAUGUGAUUGACUUUUUCAGAUACACCGAGGAUCUAUUGUUUUCCUUUAGCUUUGUCCCAAAUAACUUAGUGUUUGCAUCUCAUGAUGAUAUUUUUAAUACAUUUCACUAUAAGCAACAAAACUGGUAUCUAUAUUUAUUGGGGCUCAAAUCAGGAAGCUCCAUCUCAAAUUCUAUUGAUUUUAUGUUUGUUUUAACUCUAAUUUGCAUAAUUGCCAUUGCGGUGGCAUUAAUUUAUACCUAUGUCAAGCAUCAUGAGCCAGAUCGUAAUAGGUUCUCUUUUUUUAAAGAGUGAAAGAAUUUGUUCUUAGCAGGAAUUUGGCUUCAAAUUAUAUGAGUCUCUUUUAUUUUUAUGCUCAUGAUCAGCCUUGAAGAAAUGCAGACUUCUUCUAAAACUAAUAAUAAUACAGUUUCAUAUUUCUUUUCAUUAUUUCUAUAUUUGAUCUGACACUUAUUGCUUGUGUUUUCCAUUUACAAGUGGUGGGAAUGAAGACCUUAUGAAAAUUUGACAGAUUUAUGAUACACGAAAACACUGUUCGUUGGUACAAAAGAUUAUGCUCCUGCAAGAUGUUUCAUAUCCAUUUGGUUGUUUAGAAGACUUUUCUUUUGUUACCUAGCAUCACCAACAAAUAAUAUUGACAAGAAUAUAUUACUUCCGAUUCUCAUAACGGUUCAAUUAAUCUAUCUGACCUAUAUCAUUGGGAUAAGACCAUAUAAAGUAUUCACAGACAACUUUGGAGAAAUUACAAAUGAACUCUUUAUCCUCAUAUGUUUGAUAUUCUGAUUGAUCAUAAACAAAGAGAGGCAAUGGGAUAGGAGCCAUAAUAGGAUUUUCCUGAUACUAAUCCUAACCCCAAACAUCCUAUUCACUUGUGUCUCAAUAAUUGGACUAAAGCUAAGAACUAAUACUCUUACAAAAGUGACAGUACUAAACAAGAAGGCUUCGCAAAGAACAACCACAAUGAUAAGAGCUACAAGCAUUUCUUAUGAUACUAAUGCUGCAAUGAACAGGACAUUAGGAAGGAUGAACUCUAGUAAAUUCUUGAGCCAAUCAAAGUAAGCGGAUCCAUUUUUCUCAUAUCUAAUUCUUCCUGUAGGAACAGCCCAAAGUAACUUUUCCUAACAUCACAGAUCUGGUACUGAAGAGCAAAAGGAACUACAUGUUAGCAAUAUUUUUGGUAAGUGUCAGUUUAGAGCGACCGCUGGAUUGCUUUUACUCUGAGAGCAGAUAAAGUCUGUAAUCCGGCUCACUCAUCCUAAGCAAUAUUGGGGAAAGAAAAUUAGCCGUUUUGUAGAUGAUUAUUAAGCAUUUUAGUAACAAUUGGAAGCUUUCUCUUUGUCUUUUGUAUUAGGGGUCUUUCAAAUUUAGAUUCAUAAUUCGUGUGUUAUC